AUGGACGCUCGGCUGUUCUUCUUCCUCGGGUUGGUUCUGCGAACGUGGGCAUUGGAGGCUGUCAGCUCUCGUUCAGCUUCGGCUGAAGUCUCUGCGGACGGUUCCAGCAGAGGCAUGGUGCGGGCUGAAAGAUGGUGGGCACCCAAGGCGCCGCCGGAUGAAAGCCGACCACAGCCCCUGGCGCACACAGGAACGAUCAAUCCUCUGAGCUGCUACGACACGGUGGCUAAGGCGGAGAUCCCCUGCUUCAGCUUUGUGAAGGUGGCCUGCAAGCCCUGGAGCUCCAGCGACUGCGCCUGCGACGAGCAGAAUCCAGUGUGCGUGACGGACAUUUCCCAACGGUCGUCACCGGCGUCUCCCGCUGAUAAGCGCUCGCCCACAGCAACGCAGUAUGCUUGCUGCCCCAAGCCGCCGGAGGAGGAGGACUGGGUGCUACGGAGCAGCUCAUCGCUGACUGCAGAGAAGAUGCACAAUCUUCAAAGCUUCCUGACCUGGGAGAGCAACGCGUUGCAUUGGGCCGUGCAAAACUUGAUUUGCUGCUGGAGCGCCUCGGUGUCUUUGGCGCUGCGGAAGCGCGCGGUGCAGCUUCCGCCGGACGCGGUGUUACGCCGGAAGCUGACCGCCCUGGACCUGACCCUCAUCGGUGUGGGUGCGAGUGUCGGAUCAGGCAUCUUCGUGAUCACCGGCAUCGCAGCGCAGCCCACGGGGCCGGCGGUGUGCAUUUCCUUCCUGCUGGCAGCGAUAAGCAGCAUCUUUAGCGCUCUGUGCUAUGCGGAGCUGGCCGCACGAAUCCCUGUGUCUGGCUCCGUGUACCUCUACGCCUUUGUGGCCUUUGGUGAGUUUAUCGCGCUGCUUUUUGGUCUGAAUGUCCUCAUGGAUUACCACGUGGGCGCGGCUUUGAGUGUGUCCUCCUGUGGCGCUUACCUUCAAAAGUCGCUUGCGCUCAUGAUCGCCCAGGAGCAUUUGCCGAGCGUGCAGGUCCUGACGCUGCUGCUGGUUCUGCUGCUGACAUGCAUUCUCUCAGUGGGUGUGGAGAAUGGCCUGAAGCGGGUCAACGGCUUGCUGGUUUUUGGCAAGGUCAUCAUUGUCAUCUUGAUCAUCAUUGCGGGGUGCACAAAGGUGCAGCCGUCCAAUCUCAGCCCUAUGUUCCCGCAUGGCGUCGGGCCGGUGCUCAGCAUGUCUGCAACCUGCUCCUUCUCUUUCAUAGGAUUUGGAACCGUCACCAAUGCGGCGGAGGAGUGCGUCGACCCUCAACGCGCUUUGCCCAUUGGCAUCACGGUCUCGCUGCUGAUUUGCCGCUUGGUACAUAAUGUUUUCGCUCGUGCUCGUAGGGAUCAUCCCUUUCGAAGAGAUUGA